AUGACUGCUGCUUCCAUGUUCUGUGAUGCAGCUAGUUUAAGGUUUGUGUUCAAGAAAGUAGAAAAGCUGAUGCUGUGUUCUUUUCUCCCUCAUGGAUGGAUGGAUCUUAGUCUCAGGAACAUGGUUGAAGAGGCAGUGCUGAGCCACUUGCGGGGAAAGGCCACCCCUUUCCAGGUGGAAAUUGUUAACCUAGCACCUGCUUUUUAUCAGCUUCCAGGCAACUACUCCUUGGAACUUGAGGAGGCUUUUUGGGUCCUUUUACCCUCACUCCGUUGGUUCCUCAUUCCUUUGAUUCUCCUCACCACAGCCACACUGGCCUUGAACCCCCUUCUUCUGGCCACCAUCCUGAGGAAGAAGAAAUUCCGGAGUGAACCCCGUUACUUGCUCUUUGCUAAUGUCAUGUUCUCAGAUCUGGCCUAUAUCCUGUUCCAUGUGUUGAUUUCAACAAGUAACCUCACUGGCUGGACCCUGGGGCCAGUUUUCUGUGGUAUCCUCACUGAUGUUAUAUUUAUCUCCUGUGCAAGCACCAUCUUGUCAUUCACUGUGAUGGUGACGGACACCUACCUUGCUGUUAUGCUCCCCCUUCGCUAUCUCUCCCUCAUGUCCAGUGCCACUGCCAGGAAAGUAGUGGCCAUUAUUUGGGUGGUGGCCUGCUUUUUCCCUACCUUCCUGAUCUGGUUCAGCAAACAGCAGGAUUCCGGAUCAACAGAUGAGCCCUCACUGUGUAUCCUGCAGCUGACUAUGAGUUCAAACUCAGACAGCAAUCACUUCAUCACCGUUGCCCAGAUUUUCAUCUUUUGUGCUCUCUUCAUCUGUGCAGCUCUGAUCUCCUACUGCUAUGUGAAGAUCUAUCACACUGCCAGGAUGUCAGGCCUUUGUAUAAAUCGUUAUUCCAGGGCCAAGGGGACACUGCUGAUUCAUACGAUGUUAAUCAUACUAUAUCUCAGUCCAGUGGUAGUUUUUGCUGUGGAUAUUAUGCUGUCUAAGAACUUUUAUGUUGGAAACAACACCCGAUUAUGGCUGAUGGCAGUUAACAGUGAAAUACUGAUGCUGCUUCCUAGAGCCCUUUUGCCUUACUUGUAUGGACUGAGAUAUCGGCAGCUUCUCCAGACUCUCAAAGGCUUAGUCUCUAGGAGAAGAUCCAGUGAUAUUCAAACAAUUUCCCUUAGUUAG